AUGUUGACGAGCGCCGCUGCCGCCGCCGCUUCGGAUCAAGAGAACCAGGAGAAUGUGCCCCCGGGGACGAAGGGCGCUCCCCACCUGGCCGCCGCGCCGGGCACCCGCACGGUCCUGGGGCUUCUGCGGGACAACCAGCAUCGCUUGGCCCAGCCGCAGGUUUCUCUCUGCCAAGUACCCUGGAGUACCAAUGAUGAGAACUACGUCAGCAUCCCCGUGGGCAAAAUGGGAAACAAGCAGCCUGCCUUUACUAUCCAUAUGGAUGAGCCUGAGAGCACGAGACCGAAGAAAAAUGGGGCAUCCAAAAAGACUUUCUCUAGUGAGGAAUACCUGAGCUUGGAAGCGGCCGUGGUUUCAGUGGGGACCAGGAAACCUCUGACGCCUAUAGAGAAUCCAAUGGAUCUUGGCUCUGGUUCCCCAAGUAUUAUGGACAUGUCAAUAGUCCAAGAAGUAGAAGAAAUAAUAAAUGUUAACCAUGUACCUGACUACAUUGAAGACAUCUUUAAGUACCUCAGGGAAAUGGAGAUGAAAUGCAAGCCUAAAGUGGGUUACAUGAAGAAGCAGCCAGAUAUUACAAAUAACAUGCGAGCUAUUCUUGUGGACUGGCUAGUGGAAGUUGGUGAAGAAUACAGAUUGCAAAAUGAGACUCUACACCUGGCUGUAAACUACAUUGACAGGUUUCUUUCUUCAAUGUCGGUACUAAGAGGGAAGCUUCAGCUUGUAGGAACUGCAGCCAUGCUGUUAGCAUCGAAGUUUGAAGAAAUCUACCCUCCUGAAGUGACAGAAUUUGUUUACAUCACAGAUGACACUUACACAAAGAAACAAGUCCUAAGGAUGGAGCACUUAGUUCUAAAAGUUCUGUCAUUUGACUUGGCAGCGCCAACUAUAAACCAAUUCCUUUCUCAGUACUUCUUACACCAACCAGCUAAUUCCCAAGUGGAAAACCUGGCAACGUAUUUGGGAGAGCUAAGCCUAAUCGAUGCUGACCCAUUCCUGAAAUACUUGCCAUCAGUCAUUGCUGCUGCAGCAUUUCACAUAGCAAACUACACAAUUACUGGAAGAACUUGGCCGGAAUCUCUUGUUAAAGUGACAGGAUACACAAUAGAAAGUCUUCAGCCUUGUCUCAUGGACCUCCACAAGACCUACCACAGAGCAGCACAGCAUACGCAACAGUCCGUAAGAGAAAAAUACAAGGCCUUAAAGUACAACGCAGUGUCACUCAUUGAACCACCAGAGAGACUAAACUUAUAACAAGCAAGAGACUGAGGCUUUCAAUGGUGUAUAUUACCCACAACCGCAAUGUACAGUUUUAAACUUUUACUUACACUUCAAUCGCUCUGGUAUAUUACCACAGAAAAUUAUGAAGUUCUCUACUUUUUUUUAUAAGGUUUUAAUGUAAACUUUUGUAAAUGCAAUCUUGUUUUAAGUACUUAGGUGGUGCUCUUUAAAGUUCUGGGGAAUCAAACCAUGCGGAAAAACCACUUAAGUCACUCCUCAUAGUUUUAAUGAGAAGAGCAGCCCCUAAGAAGGGAUUUUGACUCUUAACGGC